AUGGAGGCGGGAGGUUCUAGGUCAAAAAGGGGCAGAUCGGUGUCGCCGAGCAAGGAUGAAGAUGGAGGAGGCGUAGACCACAUCAGCGCCCUCCCCGAUGCCAUCCUUGGCGAGAUCAUCACCCUCCUCCCCACCAAGGACGGCGCCCGCACCAGAAUCCUAGCCUCCCGGUGGCGCCACCUCUGGCGCUCCGCCCCUCUUAACCUCCAAGGCCGUAGCCUCAUCAACCAUCCGGAUAAACGGGGUAAAUUCGCUGGUGUCGUAUCACGCAUCCUUUCCUCGCACCAAGGCCCCGGUCGCCGCUUCUGCAUCCCCGAUGGCCACGGACGAAGCAUCUACGGAGCAGCUACCACCAUGGACGCCUGGCUCCGGUCCCCCGCUCUGGAUAACCUGCAGGAGCUCGAUGUAUGGUACGACCGAUGCCACCAGGUGCCGGCAUCGACGUUUCGCUUCUCGGCCACCCUCCGUGUCCUCGCCAUCGGAGGAUGCGACCUCUCCAAAAGCAGCACCGUCCAAGGACUAGGCUUCCCCGUGCUCAAGCAGCUAGGAAUCGAGUGUGUCAUCAUCUCGGAGUCCUCAAUUCACAGCUUGAUUGCUUCUUGCCCCGUUCUCGAGUGCUUGUCUAUUACGUACACCUACGGGUUCAGUUGUCUCCGGAUCAACUCCCAUAGCAUUAAAAAGAUUCAUAUCUAUGGCUGCGGGACUGAUGAACCUGAGCAGACGGAUCCAAUCGAGUUGAAGGAACUCAUCAUUGAGAGUGCCCCUUGCCUUGAAAUCUUACAGGAUAUCUGCAACGAUGGUUUGCAUGCAUCCAUUGUUUCCGCGCCCAAACUGGAGACAUUGGGCAUCCUUAAUGAGCACAAGCGUGACGGCGUGGACUACUCCACCCGACUAGUGUUUGGCUCCACAGUGAUUCAGGUUGGCUCCACCAGCGAGGAGUUUAUUGCAGAACAGAAGAAGAAACUUCAGUUCGAUAAUAGGGCUUCAAGAGUUGCUCAGUUUCGUUUUACAACUGGCGUGGCCGUGCAGGUUUAG